UGUCGCGUUCGGAAGCAGAUCGGAACAAUUCCCUGGAAACCUAUUAGCAUACAGGCAAAAAAUUUGCUGGUUGUGUUGAGUCGACGUCGACACGCUUCAAUUGGAUUCGGAAUUAGAUUUAUUGAAAUGCUGCCCUUUCGCUGGGGCCUGCUACUAGGCAUUGUGAUGCUCAUAGCGUGCGCCAAUGGAGCAGCUAUUGAUCAAUCGUCGCAGAACGAAGAUGAACUCUCUGGUCUGUCUGAUUUGGAGCGAUCAAAGAGAAGCGGCAGAGGCUAUGCAAGAGGACAGACGCAGUCGCAGUACUUGAACUUUGGCAAGCCCGAAGAGGAUGGCAAGGCCGAGGCAGAGGCUAACGAAAGCGGCUCACGCUCGACAGUCUCUGGCAGCCACGGAAUGGGGCAGGCUCAGAGUCAGUUCUCCUCGGGAGAUUGCAGCGGCUGUUCCGGCUAUCAAACUGGGAGCUCACUCGAUGGCAGUGGAGGUCUUAUAGGAAGACCCGAUGCUAUUAUUAGUCUACCAGGUGCAGAUGCUGUUAGCGGCUUUGGUGGACAGCCUGGAUUUCGGAGUCAGCCCGGUUCCGGAAGUCCAGUUGGUGGGCAGCCUGGUAUUGGAGAAUUUCCAGGAGUCACUGGGGGACAAGCUGGACAGCCAGGACUUGGAGCUGGUCACCAAGGACUUGGUGGAAAACAUCCUGGCGGGGGAGAAAUAAUUAGUGGGCCAGGAAUCGACGGACGACAAACAGGUGCUGCUGGACAGCCCGGGUACGUAACUCAGCCUGGAGCUGAGGAUCAGUCUGGAGGUCAAACCAUAUACGGAACACAACCAGGAGUUGGUAGACAACCCGGAUUUGGGGGUCAACCUGAAACUGGAGGUCAAUCCGGAUACGGAACACAGCCAGGACCUGGUGUAUCGACUGAUAUCAGUGGUGGACAACCUGGUUUUGGAAGUCAACCUGGAGCUGGAAGUCAACCCGGAUACGGAACCCAACUAGGAGCUAGUGGACAGCAAGGUGUCGGUGGCGGACAGCCCGGAUAUGGAGAUCUAUCUGGGGUUGGAGGUCAACCUGGAUACGGAACACAACCAGUAGUUGGUGGACAGGCAGGUAUCGGUGGCGGACAGCCCGGAUAUGGAGGUCAAUCUGGGGUUGGAGGUCAACCUGGAUACGGAACACAGCCAGGAGUAGGAAGUCAGACAAGUAUCGGUGGUAGACAACCUGGUAUCGGUGGUGGACAGGCCGGAUUUGGAGGUCAACCUGGAGUUGCAGGUCAACCUGGCUACGGAACACAACCAGGAGUUGGUGAACAGACAGGUAUCGGCAGCGGACAGCCUGGAUUUGGGGCUCAACCUGUAGUUGGAGGUCAACCCGGAUACGGAACACAAGCAGGAGUUGUUGGACAGCCAGGUAUCGGUAGCGGACAGCCCGGAUUUGGGGCUCAACCUGGAGUCGGAGGUCAGCCCGGAUACGGAACACAACCAGGAGUUGGUGGACAGACAGGUAUCGGUGGCGGACAGCCCGGAUAUGGAGGUCAAUCUGGGGUUGGAGGUCAACCUGGAUACGGAAAACAACCAGGAGUUGGCGGACAGCCCGGAUAUGGAGGUCAAUCUGGGGUUGGAGGUCAACCUGGAUACGGAACACAACCAGGAGUUGGUGGACAGACUAGUAUUGGUGGCGGACAGCCCGGACUUGGGGCUCAACCUGGAGUCGGAGGUCAACCUGGAUACGGAACACAACCAGGAGUUGGUGGACAGACAGGUAUCGGUGGCAGACAGCCCGGAUAUGGAGGUCAAUCUGGGGUUGGAGGUCAACCCGGAUACGGAAAACAACCAGGAGUUGGCGGACAGCCCGGAUAUGGAGGUCAAUCUGGAGUUGGAGGUCAACCUGGAUACGGAACACAACCAGGAGUUGGUGGACAGACAGGUAUCGGUGGCGGACAGCCCGGAUAUGGAGGUCAAUCUGGGGUUGGAGGUCAACCCGGAUACGGAACACAACCAGGAGUUGGCGGACAGCCUGGAUUUGGAGGUCAACCUGGAACUGGAGGUAACUCUGGAUACGGAACACAACCAGGAGUUGGUGGACAGACAGGUAUCGGUGGCGGACAGCCCGGAUAUGGAGGUCAAUCUGGGGUUGGAGGUCAACCUGGAUACGGAACACAACCAGGAGUUGGUGGACAGACAGGUAUCGGUGGCGGACAGCCCGGAUAUGGAGGUAAAUCUGGGGUUGGAGGUCAUCCUGGAUACGGAACACAACCAGGAGUUGGUGGACAGACAGGUAUCGGUGGCGGACAGCCCGGAUAUGGAGGUCAACCCGGAUACGGAACACAACCAGGAGUUGGCGGACAGCCUGGAUUUGGAGGUCAACCUGGAACUAGAGGUAAAUCUGGAUACGGAACAGAACCAGGCGUUAGUGGACCGACAGGUAUCGGUGGUGGACAGCUCGGUUUUGGAGGUCAACCUGGAGUUGGAAGUCAACCCGGAUACGGAACCCAACCAGGAGCUAGUGGACAGACAGGAGUCGGUGGCGGACAGCCCGGAUAUGGAGGUCAGCCUGGAGUUGGAGGUCAACCCAGCUACGGAACCCAAGCAGGAGUUGGUGGACAGACAGGUAUCGGUGGCGGACAGCCUGGAUAUGGAGGUCAAUCUGGGGUUGGAGGUCAACCUGGAUACGGAACACAACCAGGAGUUGGUGGACAGACAGGUAUCGGUGGCGGACAGCCCGGAUAUGGAGGUCAAUCUGGGGUUGGAGGUCAACCAGGAGUUGGCGGACAGACAGGUAUCGGUGGCGGACAGCCCGGAUAUGGAGGUCAAUCUGGGGUUGGAGGUCAACCUGGAUACGGAACACAACCAGGAGUUGGUGGACAGACAGGUAUCGGUGGCGGACAGCCCGGAUAUGGAGGUCAAUCUGGGGUUGGAGGUCAACCUGGAUACGGAACACAACCAGGAGUUGGUGGACAGACAGGUAUCGGUGGCGGACAGCCCGGAUAUGGAGGUCAAUCUGGGGUUGGAGGUCAACCCGGAUACGGAAUACAACCAGGAUUUGGCGGACAGCCUGGAUUUGGAAGCCAACCUCUAACUGGAGGUAAAUCUGGAUACGGAACGCAACCAGGAGUUAGUGGACCGACAGGUAUCGGUGGUGGACAGCUCGGGUUUGGAGGUCAACCUGGAGUUGGAGGUCAACCCAGCUACGGAACCCAAGCAGGAGUUGGUAGACCGACGGGUAUCGGUGGUGGACAACCCGCAUAUGGAGGUCAAUCUGGGGCUGGAGGUCAACCCGGAUACGGAUCCCAACCAGGAUUUGGUGGACAGCCUGGACUUGGAGGUCAACGUGGAGCUGGAGGUCAACCCGGAUACGGAACACAACCAGGAGUUGGUGUACAGACUGGUAUCAGUGGUGGACAACCCGGAUAUGGAGCUCAAUCUGGGGCUUUAGGUCAACCCGGAUACGAAGCCCAACCAGGAUUUGGUGGACAGCCUGGAUUUGGAGGGCAACCUGGAGCUGGAGAUCAAUCCGGAUACGGAACACAACCAGGAGUUGGUGGAUCGACAGGUAUCGGUGGCGGACAGCCCGGAUAUGGAGGUCAAUCUGGGGUUGGAGGUCAACCAGGAGUUGGUGGAUCGACAGGUAUCGGUGGCGGACAGCCCGGAUAUGGAGGUCAAUCUGGGGUUGUAGGUCAACCUGGAUACGGAACACAACCAGGAGUUGGUGGACAGACUGGUAUCGGUGGCGGACUGCCCGGAUUCGGGGCUCAACCUGGAGUUGGAGGUCAACCCAGUUACGGAACCCAAGCAGGAGUCAGUGGACAGCCUGCUAUCGGUGGGAGACAGCCAGGAUACGGAGCACAACCCGUAGUUGGUGGGCAGACUGGUAGCGAUGGAGGACACCCCGGAGUUGGAGGUCAACCCGGAUACGGAACACAACCAGGAGUUAGUGGACAGACAGGUGUCGGUGGCGGACAGCCCGGAUAUGGAGGUCAACCUGGAGUUGGAGGUCAACCCAGCUACGGAACCCAAGCAGGAGUUGGUGCACAGACAGGUAUCGGUGGCGGACAGCCCGGAUAUGGAGGUCAAUCUGGAGUUGGAGGUCAACCCGGAUACGGUACCCAACCAGGCGUUGGACAGACAGGUGUUGGUGGCGGACAGCCCGGAUAUGGAGGUCAACCUGGAGUUGGAGGUCAACCCGGAUACGGAACCCAACCAGGAGUUGGUGGACAGACAGGCAUCGGUAGCGGACAGCCCGGAUUUAUAGGUCAACAGCCCGGAGCAGGAGGAUCGCAGUUUGAUGGAAGGCACCCGGGAACCGGUGGUACUUCAGAUGGCCAAGUAGGUGCUCCGGUACGGUAUACAGCUGGAGCUGGUGUCGCUCCUGGAGCUGCUGGUGUUGGUGCGCCAAGUACAGUUGCCGUUGGAGCUGAUGACACAUUUUCUCAAGCGGCGUCCACUAUUGGGAACGGCCAGGCAUCUGCCAGUGCCGAGGGCAAAAAGAAUGGCGGAACUGCUAAGACCCAAGUAUCCGGCACAUACAGUACGGGCGGUUCUUUCAGCGCUAGUGCAAUGACUUCCGACGCAGAUCGGGCUGCCAGCGCCCAGGUUACUGGCAAUGCUGAUGGCGCUAUGAGCCAGUCCCAAGGCUCUGGAGGACCGGCCCAGUCCCAGGCCCAAGUGCAGGUCAACUCGAAGGAUGGAGGCACCAAGGCUUCAUCACAGAGUGGGGGUCUGAUUCACCAGAGCCAGAGUGAGGUGCAGGCCAACGAUAAGGGCGGCUUGGCCGAUGCCCAGUCCAGCGGACCGGGCCAAACCUCUUCCCAAGCUCAAAUCGGCUUCCGUCCAGGUCAGGAUACCAGCUCGGUAGUGGCACCAGGUGGCGGACAGGCUUCCGCACAAUCGGGCAGCCAUUCUGGCCAGAGCCAGUCUCAGAUCCAAGGAACUUCUAGUUUUGGGGUAUCAUAUCACGGCGCUGCACAGUCCGCAUCAGGAACUAAGGAGCAGGUGGACACCUACCGGGAGCAAAAUCGAGAGCUCUUCAAUACAAUCAGCCAGUUUGGCAACAGUGGAAAUGCUGUAACCGAUCGGGCUGAUGCCGUCUUUAGUGGCCCGGCACUCACGUCUGAAUCUGAUUCAAUACCCGAGCUGCAGCUGAAGUCCACAAAGACCAGCAAGGAAGAGCCUGAGAAGGUCGAUAAGAAGCCAGAUCAGUCGGAACCAGUUCAAUACGACGACGAGGAAGAGGACGAGGGGGAUGAAUACGACGAGGAUGAGUACUACAACGAGAAGCCUGUCAAGCUAGAGGAGGGUCCAAAGCCACCGAACAAGAUUAAGGAUUCGGAGUCCACACCUCAUCCACAGACCUAUACCCAGUCGUCCCCCACGCAGAAGCAGCAGGCAGUAGUGGCCCCAUUGCCAGCGGAAAAGUACCAGCUGGUGCAGAAACAGAACGGACUCAUUAAUAGCUACACGGAGCGAUCAACCACAGAGUCCGUGCCCAGUGGGUUCCGCGGCACGGUGAACGUUCAAAAGAAGUUUCACACAAAGUCGCUUGAGCUUCAUAAUACCGACAAGAAGGUCGAAAUCAGUGCCGACACUGACUCCGAUGCCCCGAGUACACCCACUCGCGGUAGCAAAGCGCCUCGCGCACCAGACAGCUAUGUAACAGUCACCAAGUCGGUGACUGGAAGCAUGGACAAUAGCAAGAACCCACCGCAGGAUAACAAGAACUUCCAGUCCACGUACUACACCAAGUCCUCGACCUGCGGAUACUUCACCUUCUCCUGUAACAUUGUCUACGGAGCGAAUGGACGCAGCAAGAUCUGUCGCCCAAAAGCCCCAGCCAAUGGCAAGUGCUAAAGGGGAUGCAAGCCCACGCCCACCCACCCCACAUUAUAGUAGAUCAGUUCCCAAGGGGCUCAAUUUUAGAACAGUCCAUCUAACUGUCACCAAAAACACUCCCCCAUAUUUGUAUUUUUAUGCAGCAAGUUCUUAAGCAUUUAAGUGUUUUUUUGCAAAUAAUUUUAGCAUCUUACUGCCAUUUCUUAAAUAUUUCAUAGGCUUUGCAAUUGUAAUUAAUAUUUAAUAAAAGUCAUAAGAAAACGGAAAGUAUCCCGGUGUUUGAGAGCCGCGAACUGGUGGAAAUAUCCUUUACAAAUUUACUAAAAAAACAUAGUACUGGGCUUGAAUUUGACUUUGGUUAUUGAAGAUCAAUGUACUAUUUCGACAAAAAUUAAGCACAAAUUUUGUCGCAGGUUAGAAGCUUUGAAUUCCAGAACAGAUAUUGUGGGCAGAUCUUCACAAAGGGGCGAUAGUCACACUGUAUGAAGCGUGUGCAGUCGCCGGGAUA